UGCCGGCUGUGCGAUAGCCGUGGAACAGGGCGGCAUCAGCGCGGACAUCAGCGAAAUGAGUCAUAUGCAGAACCACAUCCAAAUCCCAUCGUUGAAGAGAAACCUCUCGGGAGGAGCGUCUAACAGCAACAGCAAUGGAGGUGGUUCAACGUCUGCGUCCUCCUCGUCCUUGAACAUCAACACGUCGUCCCACAUGAACAUGAGUGCUGCAGCGUCGCUCAGUGCAUUGGCCAAUGGAAAUAACAACACAGACCGCUCCACUAUGCCGUCUGCACUCCCAAUGCACAGACACGAUCCUCAUUGUCAUGGGUCAUCGUCGUCGUCAUCGCAUCCGUCGAUGCAGCACUCGUACCUCGCGCCUCCGCAGCAGCAACAACACGACCGAUACAGCAUCCCCCAGCACAGCUCUGGUGCGGCGUCGUCGACAAACAACAACUCGAUCACGUCGAAUCCCCCUACGAUUCAGCGUGCUGUCACAUCUUCUUCGGCUUAUAUUCGUCAACCCCUCACCACACGGGUGUCCACGUCCGUUCCCAUCAUGCUCCCCACGCCCGGAAGUACUAGCAUGAUGCGACCAACUGGACCUCUUGGUGUUGGAAGCACGAACUCGUCUGCUGCCUCUUCCCCUGUACCUACAUUUUCGCCUGACUGGCGAAUGUACUUGACAAUCGAAGAGCGCCAAGCCGUGCGCUCCAAGAUCCUUGAUGCAUACACUAGCACAUGCAAGACUUACGAGGAGCUGCUUCAUGCGGCGUCCGCGAUAGAAGAAGAACUACUGCACAUAGCAGCUCCGUCCAGGUUGGACUACUUCAAGAGCGGGUUUGAGUUUGAAAACCGAGUGAAAUUGAAGCGAGAACAACUGCAAGGCCAACUGGUCGCAAUGGAGAAGCGAAAGCACGUCAGCACCUCGUCGUCGAGCAAUGGACAGCUUGGGGACGGCCAUCACCAUAGGCACAAGCGAUCGGCGUCGCCGCCCCCCCCGUCGUCGUCCCACGGUGGCGCUCCUGAUGGCCCCAAGAAGUCCCGGAAACAGCAAUGAGACUUGCUGUUAUCGAAUAUCACGUGGAUGUGUUGUGGAUAACACAAAGCGUUCGAAACGAGUCGUCAAAUGUUAUGAUUUUUGAGUUGUCAGCGGUUCCCCUUGAAAUGGUUGAACCACGGAGAGGAG